AAUGCGUUGGUUUUGUGUGUUUUGAUUGCCUGAAAUUGGUAGACUUGCGAAAUAUAGAGCCUAGAAUAGAGAGAGAAAGUGUUUGACGUCGCGCAGUCGUUUUGCAUUUACCAAUGUCAAUAGUUUUGUAUUCCGAUAUUUAAUGUGAGAUUAGCGUUUUGAAUUUACGCGUUGGCGUGGGUUAUUAACGGAUACGCACUAAUCUCGCAGUCUGGUGCUGUUGAUCUGAUACUGUGUGGCCAUGCGACACAAUAAAUCGGCACAUAAGCGAAAGCCAUCGACCCCCAGGCGCCGAUCUCCCCCCGAGCCUCCACCGCCACCGCCCCCCUCGACAUCCAGAGCCCGGCGCACCAGCGGACCCUCCGAAGCAUCCCCACGCAAGAAACACAGGUUUCGCCCUGGCACUCGAGCUCUCAUGGAGAUCCGCAAAUAUCAGAAAUCUACUGAUCUGUUGCUGCGCAAGGCCCCGUUUUCACGACUGGUGCGAGAGGUGUGUCAGACAUUCAGUCGAGAACACAUGAUGUGGCAGGGAUAUGCUCUAAUGGCUUUACAGGAGGCUGCAGAAGCAUUCAUGGUCCGUCUGUUUUCUGAUGCCAACCUCUGUGCCAUUCAUGCCAAGAGGGUGACACUGUUUCCACGUGACAUACAACUCGCCCGGCGAAUCAGAGGUGUUGAAAACAUGUGAAGUUUUUUUGUAAGAUUUGACUAAUUUCCUUAGACACUUGUAAGGACACUUUCUAUAUUUGGUGGCAUGUGAUCUGUUUUCAGACUUCAAUUCAAAUGUUAAAAUAGUUGCAUAUAUGCAGUCAAAGAAACCAAAUAUUCAUAUGGCAUGGGAGUUUAUU